UGUUCACUAUACAGCGUUCAAAUUCAGACUGAUGCAUAGAGCAGAAUGAUUUCGUUGUCAGUUUGACACGCACAAGCGUGCUAUUCGCUUGAGAGUGUUCUGUAUAAUAAAUUUCUUAAUAAUUGUACAAUUUCUAAUUCUAUGUGCAUCGCGAAAUAAAUUAUUAAUGUUUGUAUAUAAAACGACGUUGCUUUGGAAAACAAAUGAAAAUCGUGAAAAUAAUAAAGAUUAUAGAAUCAUUUCUUAUUAUAAUCAUUGGUUAAUAGUGUUCGCGGAAUGUGAAUACAACAUCGUUUUUUUUUGCAAUUAUUUAAUCUUCGAAUGAUAGUUUAAAUAACCUUAAUUUAGAAAGAUUAUAGAUAUAUAUUUAGAAAUUUAUGUAAUUGUGAACGAUUGCAAGAUUUGUUGAAGAAUCAUGAGCGAUACACCAAGAGUGGAGUUUGCACUUGGAAGUGAAGUGUCGCUGGAACACUUCUUCAAAAGUAACUUCGCGCGUUCUUUUGUGACCAAUUGCCGUGACGCAAAAUCAUUGGAUUAUGAGCUUCUUGACAACGCUUUUGAUGAAGAAACAGAAACAAAUACCAAAAACAAUAAUUUCUUUUCCCUCGUGAAUUUCGAAAAUAAAAUAACGAAUAUUGUGGACAAUAAAUUUGUUUUUAAUAAGGACAAUACCAACCUUCGAAGAACAAAAGAAAAUAUUCAAUCUUCUGCGGAUAUUAAUGAAUUGGAGAAGCUAAGAAAACAAUGCCAAACAUUGAUAGAAGAGAAUCAAAAAUUACAGAACGUUUUAACAAGCAAUCAAAUACCUCAUGUACAAGUGAUCGACAGUGUUUUCCUUCAGACACAGGUUGAAACAUUGCAAUGGCAGCUGAAACAGACAGAGGCGAAUAGACAAAUGUACCGUUCUUUAAUGGAGCAAGUGGUGCGUUUCUUAGAUCGGGCUCGCAAAAGCUUGGAUAUUCUUCAUGAGAAGAAUAAUCUCAAAGAUAAGAAUUCAAUGGGACGAGUUCCACGUAGCCGUAGUGUUCAUGCUGUUCAUGCGGAUUCCUCGCCGAAUCGCGCUGUUUCAGCAACAUCUUCUUCUCAUUUCAUGAGGGCGAAAUCAGUCACACAAAUCUCACCAUGUACCACGAGUUAUCGUGAAUUUACCUGGUCAAUGCUUCGUAGAAAUGAUCCGACACACUGUACUCCUCCACGUAAUAAAUCUCAAGAUCUCAAUAAAUCUCAUGACGGUAUUAUUUAUAGAAGACCCAAACAAUCAGAGAUUGAUCCGAAUGAUAUACCACCUGAAAAAUUAUCUCAAGAAGCAUUCAGGUUAAUGAGGACCGUUCAAUCGUUGCUAUCAAUGAGAGAGCCCGAUCUUUUUAGGAUUUUGUCGAUAGAAAAUAAUUCUCCUUCACCUAUAGAUCAUCAUCGUCAUAAUAAUCAUCACAACGAGAUAUCACUAUCAUUGCAGAAUGAUAGUUUUAUAAAUUCCACGAGUUUACGGGAAGAUGGCACCUAUAAUAAACGUUCCAAUUGCAAUCGUGGAAAUGAAUCGAGCAAUACCGAUAAUGAUAAUAGAAUCUGUUUUUUUAAAUCAUCAUCGAACAUCACAGAAAUUGAUCAAAAUUUGCAGAAUCUUCUUCCCGGUAUUAGAAGAUCUCUUGAUGCCACUUCACUUAACUCAGGAAGUAGUAAAACCACUGAAGAAGAGGAUGUACUUUCAAAUAAUAAUAAUUGCUUUAAUGUUUCUAUGCCAAAUGAUCAUAUUUUCUCAUGUACGCCAACAUCGACGCCAAAUAAGCAUGAUAGAAAAGCAGAAAAGGAGAAAGACCAGUCUUCGAAAUCAAAGCCAGCUGCUAGUGUAAGCAGUGUUGAGGAUGAGAGUGGAUUUUCUUCUAUGAGUUCUUUUCAAGAAAUUGGUUUACCUAAUGCAUUAUCAAUUUCUCCUAUAAAAGGUUAUCAAGAAGUGGGUUUACCUGAGAUAUCUGUAGAAAAAGCCAGACACCGUAGAUGGUCAUCAACUCCAGCUGAAAUUCAAGCUCUUUUUCAUAAACAGCGUAAUAGUUUUAUCUCCCAAACCGCCACCGAAUCUUUAAGCGUUUGGGUUUAAAUGGUUCUACGAGCGAUAUACAUACUUUCUAAACGAGAUAGCUCUGAUGAAUGUACUUUUGAUACAUUGAAAUGUGAACGAACAGAUGAUCAAACAUGGAUAGUACAAUAGUAUUUAUAUAAUGUAAUUCUUUUUCUUCUCUUUUUUUUUUUUCUUUAGAAAAAAAUUCUUCAUUCAAUUUGCAUCUUAUUUGUUUUUUUUUUUCAGUAAAUUUUAACUUUCAAGAAAAAAAUUUUAAAACAAUUUAGGAAUAAAGAUAAUAUAAGCAAUUAAUAUAUUAUUUUAAAAUAUUUUUCCAUUUCUCAUUUAUUUAAUGUUCAUUUUUUAAGUUUGAUGCUAUAAGAAGAGAAUACAAAUUUUAUCAGAGCUUUGUUAGAAGGUUAAUAUGUAUGUAAGUAUAGUUAGUAUUUUUACAUUUAAUACAUUUAAUUUAAUAGGAGAAAUGUACAUAAUUUUUGAUAGUUAUGUGCAAAAUAUUUUAUAAAAAAUAUCUUCAACAUUUGUAUUAUCAAAAAUAACUGACAAACAUAUCAAAUAUUAAUAUGUUAUAUUAAUAUUAUACUUUUUAGAUACUUAAAAAUAUGUCAAACAAUUUCAACUUCCACAACAGUGUUCAAUUUUGUACUUAAAAAGUAUUAUUAUCACACAAGUCAUUAAAAUUGUAUUCUGUUUUUGUUUUCAUGGAUUUGUAUAUAAAGCAUGAUAUAAGUAUAGUAAAAUAUUGAGCAUCCAA